AUGUUUCCAAACAAAGCAUCUUAACCAACAAACCAUGGGGCAACCAAUUAUUCUUCUGAUAAAGGCCAUUUAUUACCCAAUACUUGUGGCCAUUGGUGUUCCUGCAAACACCCUAACAAUUGUGAUUCUUUGCAAAGGAAACUGCGGCCUUUCGAACUGUAUCUCUGUCUACAUGUUGGGCAUGGCAGUAGCAGAUUUGCUGAUCAUGAUCAACAACGUGCUGUUGUACCAUAUAAUCAGUUACAACUUCCCCCUUUCGUUCCUGGCACAUACUUCAAUAUGGAUAGAGCGUUGGCACAUACAGCAUCGAGAAAAGCAGACGAAGAAACUCAAAUUCACACCGGUGACAGGAGAGCAAUUCGCAAGAGAUUGUGCAUUGGAGGAGAAUUACCCAGACUUAACGAUUGCCAUUUGUGCGGUCACCGCGGAAAUGAUUGAAAAUGAAUGGAAAAAUUGA